AUGGACGUGUCUUCUCCUUUCUUCAGCUACUUCACACAAAACUCCUGGAGCUGCCCGAGCUCAGACUCUGAAUUCUACAACACCUCAUCUCCUGAAGCCGUUUCUCCUACUUCCUACAUGGACUUCUCUCCUUCAGCCCAGCUUCAAAACAGCUCUUCUCCUCCUCACGGAGGUGAAAAGGCACCCACGUCGGGUUCAUUACAUCAGGACGGCUCACGUUCCCGCGUUGGAACUAGAAGAACACGCUGCAAGAACCCAAGCAAGCAAAGACAGAGCGCCAGCGAGAAGGAGAAGCUCAGAAUGAGGGACUUGACCAAAGCUCUCCACCACCUCAGGACUUACUUACCUCCUUCCGUGGCUCCUGUCGGCCAAACCUUGACGAAGAUCGAGACUCUUCGCCACACCAUCCGCUACAUCUCCUAUCUGUCUGCUCAACUAGGCCUCAGCGAGGAGUCUCUCUGCCAGAUGAGGGACCUGAGAGCUUCUAGAUACCAAGAAUCGUCUCAAAAUCAGGGCUAUUCGACACCAGAGUACUGGGGACUCAGCACAUCACAUCAAGAACUGUCUCAAAGCACCUUCAGGCCUUCAGAGCAUGUGUUGAGGUCUGAUCAGGUCUGCAUGAGCAUGGAAACACCUGCUUAUGAUGAUUCCUUCAACUCCAGCUCCGAAUCUCUUCUGGAAGGCCCUCUGUAUGCAGAUACAGCCACAACAUACCAGGGCUACAACAUAGCUGUCCACUGUCCGAUUGCACCGGAAUUCUGGGGAUGA